UCAUCGAGAGUUAUCGAUAACCCUAAAUUAUUGCAAUUGCCGGAUUUAGCAUUUAGUCAGUGUUUAAUUUGUGCUAUUUGUUUGAAUUCAUCGAUUGUCACUUAAUAAAGUGAAUCUCUUACGACUUUAAAUAAUUCUUUGAAUUUAAAUUUGUGUCAACACACAUAGCAAUUGCUACCAGUUGCGAAUUAGUUGGCUAAACAUUCACGCGCACGUGGGACGCUAAAUUAUUGCACAGCGAUCACAUUCCAUGUUAAAAUGCUAGAAGAAACGUUUAGCGAAUAUUUUCUGUGCAAUUUUAAUGAUGCACAGCAUGUUGAGGCUUUGCCGGCUGAUGAGCGACUUCGAAAGCUAUGGAGCAGCCAAGAACUGUGGACAGUGGACGAACUCCAGAUAAUAAUAAAACGCUGGCAAGAUAACGGCCAGUAUGAGCUACAGGGCACCGAGCAGGCAACACAACUGCUAAAUGACUUCUUACUAUUGAUUUUUGCCUUUGUGCAAAACAAUUUUACUGGACCAUUCGAUAAGUUGGCAGCCUGCACAGAAAUGCUCAAAGACUUGAGUCUGGAGCAGAGCGUGGCACAGGAGCAGCUGAAGGCAAGCGGUGAGGAACUGAACCCCAAUGUAAAGACUGCACAAUUGUUGCUUAUAGCAAAGCAAAUCCUUAAAACUUUAAGCGCUGCGCAGCCCACGUCGAAGCUGCUUUGCUGGUGGCGUCUGCGUGUAGUCUGUCUGCAUCAGCAUAUCCUGGACGACUUAGCGAGCGCCCUGUACGAGGAGUUCAAGCUGGCAGCUGCUGAGCUGCGUCCCCAUUUAUCAGCCUUUGCUCAGCUGGAGCUGCAGGCUCUGCUGCUUCUUGAAUUAGCCAAUGGCUAUUUGCAAUUCCAUCGCUCCGAUUUGGCAGAUCAGGUGCUGGAUGAGCUCUGUGCGCAUCUGCAGGUGGACCUAAAAGUUGAGGGUCUGCUCGGGGUGCGCACCAAGUUUCAGCAGAAGCCACUGCCUCAACUCUGUUUGAAAGUGGAACAGCAAUCGACGGAGCAGACCUUGCCUACAGCGCAGCUAAGCAAUGCAGAAACCAGCUUGCCGCACUUGCUGCUCCUCGAGGAUGACACGCGCCUGGAGCGUAUACGCUUCACCGAGCCCAAGGACAACGAGGUGAUGACCCUGCCCAGCGUGUUGCAAGCUCUUGUGCUGGCCAAGGUCAAGCAACUGAAGCGAUCGCAGCCUAAGGAUCGUCUGGCAGAUGAGCAGCUGGAGCCGUAUACGCAGACUUUGCUCUAUCAGGAACAUGGACCGCUGCAGGUGCGUCAAGCUGCACUCCUGUUGAACUGUCAUCAGGAAUCCGGUCAGCGACGUACUGUAGAGCGUAGCUGGAAACAGUGCGAGGAGUGUGUUAAACUGUUGGACAACGCAGAGAAGCACACGCUGCGUACAAGGCUCUCCUAUGGCUUUGCCUCGUUUCUGCAGCCCAAGUGGCAGGUGCAGCUGCAAUUGGUUGAUCUGUUGCGCUCACUAGGCAUGACCAAGACUGCGCUGGAUGUUUGCUUGCAAAUUCAUGCCUGGCAACAAGUCAUCGAGUGCUAUACCAGCUUAGAGCUGCGCCACAAGGCAGCAGAGAUAAUACGCCAGGAGCUGGAGAAGCAGCCCACUGUGUUACUUUACUGUUUGUUGGGUGAUGCAGUCGAUGAUCCACAGUGCUACGAGCAGGCGUGGCUGCACUCCAAGCAAACCAGUGGCAAGGCGCAGGCCUAUUGGGGCAACUAUUUCUAUAGGCGUGCGGACUUCGCACAGGCCAUCGGCCACUACGAAUUGUCGCUGGAGAUCAAUGCGUUGCAAGAGUCGAUUCUGCUGCGUUGCGGCUACUGUGCCAUUCAGUUGGAGCGCUGGGAUUCGGCUGUUAAAUGGUAUUUGGGCUACACGCACCUGGAGCCAAAUGGAUUUGAAUCGUGGAACAAUCUAGCCAAGGCGCUUAUCAAGCUGGGCGACAAGCAGCGGGCACAUCGUCUGCUGGGAGAGGCACUCAAGUGCAACUACAAUAACUGGAAGGUGUGGGAGAACUAUAUGCUCGUCUCGGUGGACACCAGUCACUGGGAGGAUGCCAUGCGUGCGUAUCAGCGACUCGGCGAACUCAAGCAGCAUUUCCUGGAUGAGGAGGUGCUCACGCGCAUUGUCUAUGGUAUUGCUAGGCAAAUGCAGUCCGACUGUUCAUCGCAAGCCAUGUCCAGUUCUCUGCAGCGUCGCAUUACUCAGCUGCUGGGUCAGCAGUGCGUUCAGCAUGGCAAUGAUCCUAUGGUCUGGGAAUUGGCCGCUUUGGUGGCAGCGACGCCUCUAAAGAAGGCCGAGCGUUUGGUCAAAUCAUAUCGCGCCUACACUGCCAAGCAGCUCAACUGGGAGACAAAGUCGGCGCAUGCUAAGAAGGCGCUCAGUCUUUGCCUGGAGGUGGCUGAGCUGUCGGUGGCUGCCAUCAAGGAGCAUGCCGAGGACGAAAGUGAGGCGAUGAUAACAUCUCAGCUGAAUUCCAGUCGCCUGGCGGCCACCUCCUGCAUCAAUGCGUUGAAGCGUGCCAGCCUGGUAGAGGUGCCCAAAGAACAGGCAGACCAAAUGCAGCAACUGGAGCAGCAGCUCACAGAGCUCACCAAUAUCGUGCAGCAGCGCAUGCAACGCAACUAAUCAGUCGACUCAUUGUACAUAUGUAAAACGUUUAUU